AUGGCUCUCGUCAACGUUGUGAAUAUGGUGGUUUUGGACAAUCCCACAAACUUUUCCAAUCCCUUUCAAUUCGAAAUUACCUUUGAGUGCUUGCAAGAGCUGGACGACGAUUUAGAAUGGAAGGUCCUCUAUGUAGGCAGCGCCCAAGAUUCCAGUCGAGAUCAAGUAUUGGACGAAAUAUUGGUGGGACCCAUUCCAGUGGGAGUCAACAAGUUUGUGCUACAGGCGGAUGCUCCGGAUCCAUCCAAACUCUUGCCUGAAGAUUUACUAGGAGUCACGGUGGUUCUAGUGACGUGUAGUUACAAAGACCGGGAAUUCGUAAGGGUGGGGUACUAUGUCAAUAAUGAAUAUCACGACCCGAAUGCUCCUCCGCCUGCUCCCACACCAGAGGGCCAAGAACCUCCUCCUCCACCACAAUUGCCAAAACCCUUGCCCAUUGAACACAUUCAACGCCAAAUUCUGGCGGACAAACCGAGAGUUACCAAAUUUCCUAUUUCCUGGGGGGAAGAUCCAAGUCCGCCACAACAGCAAUCGUUACAACCGCAGCAAAUGUCCGAUAGUAUGAUGGCGGCGGCAAGUAGUCAGGCAGCAUUUGGUGGAACGAACGCUGGACUGGUCUCCAUGCCAGAAGAAUCCAACAUGUCCUUUUCGGGUGGGGGAGUCCAAUCUAUGAUGGAAUAA